GUGACUAACCUUUGACCUCUCUUCAGAAAAAACGCGGGCGCUGCGGACAUUUCUUAAGCAAGACGGUGCCUUAAGGCGAUUUAAACGUCUCAGACCCUCCCAAGACGCCCACAGAACGCCAGCCAUGAAGCUGGUUGUUGCGCUGCUGGUUUGCUGCCUGGUUGUGGUGAGCGGACAGGGACCGGACCCGGAAAUCUGCGAUCCGAACCCGACCAAUCCCGGCCCGGCGCUACCGGAACUGCCGCCGAUGUUUCAGGUCCGUGUGGAAGCGAACAUCGUGGAGAAAAACUACACCAUGGUGCAGCACGAGUUCUACGACUACCCAAACAACAGGGGUGCGCUGAUGUCGUAUGGAAACGGGAGUCGCCGCCACGAGGUGUACGACUACGCUACGCUGGAGAGGUUCACCAUUUUUGACAAUGGAACCUGCCUGACGUCCAACAUGUCGACUUCAAGGUUCAACUUCUUCUCCUACCACAUGGAACACGGACACGCUCACAUCAACAAGGCUGGCUUCAUCCUGCACUUUGGGGCUCAGUUUAACGAGACAUACAACGGCACUACUACCGUUCGUGGCAUCCCAGUGAACCACUGGUACUCCUGCAUGCACAACUCCACGUGGAACUCCACCUACAAACUCGACUUCUACUUCUCUGUACCCGGCUACCAGACCGCUUCCGGCCAGGACCAGAUUCCCGUACGCGCGGAGAUACGCGGAAAACGGCUGACCUUCAACCCCCAGACGAAAGGUCCCUCUCGCGAGUACAAGUCUAUCCACCACAUCUAUGACUUCCAGGGUUUCCACAGCCGGACCGGUCACCGUGACAUGACCUGGGUGUACCAGACGGAGGGUGUGGUCUGUCCCGGCCGGGUUAACACCAAACCUGUCCCCUCCACGCCCCUGCAGUUCUACGCUGAAGUGGAGAUGGUCAACAUGAAAAACCAGACCGUGCAGUACAUGCGGGAGUACUUUGACUACAAUUCGAAGCUGUUCCGAGUCGACUUCCACCCCACCAGCAACAGGAGCAGAAAAUGGUCCUUCGGCCCCGUCCAGCACAAGGCCAUCCACGACUACAACUCAGGUCUGGAGUACUUGAUUAGUUACCAGCCUGAGAACUGCACCAUUCGGCCCAUCUCCAACUACUCGUUUGACGCCGACAUCGACGCCUCCGACCACACCAAGGUGCACAUGAAGACGUCUUACGAGAUGUUCCACUUCGACGAUAAGGACUUCACCUACUCAGGAGUGAGCCGAGUUCGAGACAUCCAGACUGACGUGUGGGUGAGCAGGGAGGUGAACUAUCACGUUCCACAGGGCAGCAAAUAUUCUACUGACUUCACCUACCAGUGGUACUUCUCAGCUGAAAACUGGACGUCGACAACUCGUGGGUCAGUGAACCAAUCACAGGUGCCGAUCAGGCUUAGCAGGAAGGGAACCUGGCAGCGUGAUGACUCCUCGGCCCCACAUGAAUCGGAGCUUGUGUUCAACAUGUUUAACUUCGACUCCGGCGAGCAGCAUCUCUGGCACUUCGACGUCUCCUUGUGCUUCAAGGAACCGAACAUGCAGAAAGGUGUCUUCUUCCAGGUACCAGCUCUGUACAACGAUCUGAUCAGUGGCGACAAGUACCGUUUCUACCGCGCCGUACAGGCCGCCGUGGCAGAGGCUGCUGGGAUACACGCUCUACGCGUCACUGAAGUCUGGCACACGGCUACAGACGGCCCGUUGUGGGUCGGCGCAACCUUGCUGGAGCAUCCCAAGGUCAAGGGCGACAGUGUCGAGAUGACCCAACAGAAACCGCUGGAAACCGCCUUCAGCGACUUCAAGCAGCGUCUGGACGCAAACGCACUGGUCAUCAGGUUUGCUCCGGACCCUUCAAGGGGACAGGAGGUUUACCUGACAGCUUUGCCGGGUUCGCUGGAGACCAGCAAAGACUUCAUCACCUUCCUCAGUCAGAAGAACAAACCUUCUAACACCUACCGACCAGGCACCGUGGCGGGCAUCGCCAUAGGAACGACAUUACUAGGCGCUCUCAUCGGGGUGGGGGGCGCCUGGUUCAUGUGGAAGUACCGUCUGCAGGACGUGCCCUACGGAACACAGACCUGACCUUUCAACCUUGCCCUGUAGCCUGACCUUUGAACCUUAUACACUUGAACUUUGACCCCAAGGAAACAGACAGGUACUUGACUUUAACAAUGCUGGUUUCUUGCCCUUGACCCCUAAGUAUGAACCAUUGACCCUUUACUGUUGACCCUUGACUAUUGACCCUUGACCCUGAUGCCAAAGAUGUUCUUGAUUCCUUUGUCUCCCCUGUGCUGGGUACAGUGUCUACCUGUGAUGUGUUUUCUUGGUUUACUAGACUGUGGUGUACAAUUCUUUUCUUUACAAAGGAGACGUUUUCAAUGCACUUAUGGUGUUUGAAUGAUAUAAUUUGACAAGAAAAAUCUUAUGUAUAUUUUAGAAUUACCUUUACAGCUGCAAGUGGGCUACAUGAAGUAACUUUGCUGCUUUUGGGGAUACUUAAGGUUGUUUGUUUGUUUGUUUGUUUAUAUUUAAGUAGAAAUCCUAGUUAACUGGAUUGAAAGAAGACAAUUGCACAGAACUUAUUUUCAAUUAUAUGUGAUUGUGUAUAUUCUGUCUAAUUAGGGUAAGGUUUAGUUGGUUGGUUAAUUAGUAUUGCCUUGCAUACACCAUUACUCGGCAUUCUAGUACAUGUAUCUUGUGCCUUGUGGUUGAGGCCAACUCUUUAUUAUAUAUUUAGCCAAAAUAGAAGUAAAGUUGAAGUGGGUUUGUGUGGCGUAAUGGUGGCAUGCUGAUCCUGGGUUUGAAUCCUGCCAUGUCACCGAUCUUGUGCCCUUGGGAAAGGCAAAAUUGGAGCUGUGCAGGUAAAAUUGGAGCUGUGUAUUUUGAACUUGGAGCUGUACAGGUAAAAUUGGAGCUGUGUAUUUUGAAAUUGGAGCUGUACAGGUAACAUUCAAGUAUGUUAGAGUUUGUGGAUUCUGGUUUGUUGUGUACUGAUAGUCCAUUCAGGUUUCUGUUCAAACUUACGAAGUUGUACUGAAUCAUGCAUUUUAGAACUAUGAGCAGAGAAAGCAGGUGUUGAGUGAAACUAGAGUGAAAAUCUUGCCAUGUGAGCAAGCAUGAAGGAGCUGACAAAAAGGAACUACCGGUAGAAGAGUUUGUUUAUUUAUAUUUGUUUGUUUGUUUGUUACAUUUUCCACAAGUAUACAAGUCACAAAGACAUGUUUGUUGACAAGUAAACAUAAAUGACAAUCCAAACUGUUACAAGUUUUGGCACCAAAGUGUUACAUUUUGCAGCUUAAACUUAACUUUCUAAGGUGAUUGUUAGAAGGCAACAUAUAUGUUACAAACCAGGGUUGUUACACCAAAAAGCAACAUAUGUUACAAACUAGGGUUGUUACACCAAAGUGAUCUAUGCAUAUCAAUCUAGGAUUGGAGUGGAAAUUAUAUAUCCUGAAGUUCA